AAUUAUGGAUUAUUUUCUAUUUUGGAAAUAACUAUAAUAUUAGUAUAAGCGCUAUUACGUAGAAGUGAAUUUACAAUUUUAUUAUGUACAGCCGUAGAAAGAAAAUCCGCCAGCAAGAUGUCGUAUACGACAAUCAAACAAGGGAUUCUAUUCCCAAACGGGGAUAUUAUUCCGAACUCGUAUCGGAUUUAAUAAAAGAUGAGAAUGAGAAGGGAAUUUGUGGCAAAAAAAGGAUGAAAUUAAUUUUACAGGCUAAAACAUCCGCUCUGGCGCCCAUGUUGGUGUCCCUACCGAAACCACAAAAACCGAGGAUGCUGCUGCCUCCAGGAAGGUGGACCACUUACCCAGGAGACGAGACUGUUCAAUUCCCGUUCUCAACAUUUGUGCCGAAGCUGCAGUUUCUGAAUAUCGUACCGCCGAAAGAGAUGCCACGAUUGGUCAAAAUCGAACGAUUACGUAGAAAAUUCUUGGCUGCUAAUAUAAAGAAAAUGCUGCGAGAGCUAGGUAUUCAGACAUAUUGGAUGCUGCCGCCCUCAGUGUAUCCGAUCACUGAUCAACAGCAUUACGGCCUUCACAGUCCAUUCCCGAAGCUACCUCUGGAAAUAUUUGAUAACACUGAAUUUGAUUGCCGGACUCCAGAGGAGUGGCUUGGUCUCGGACAAAUAGAAGGCGAACAACAUCCAUGCCCGGGACUCGCGUUCAUACCCAAAAUAGAGGGGAAGGCGAGGACUGGAGGGGAUAUUAUCCACGUGCUCAACAAUGUGUAUGAUUGGGCUAACGUUGCAGUUUACAGUUAUGAUAAAAAAACGACGACAUGGCAUGUUAUGGUGUUGGACGGAAGUAAACGAACAUACGAUAUUCCUCGAAUCCGACUGAUGUUUAAGGCUGACGACCCCGAGACGUUUUCGAUGAGGGUCAAAUUCGCUAUAGACCUGCGGAAUGAGGUCGAAAACGAUUUGAGGUUCUAUUUAUAUUUGGACUGUCUUGCGUUGGACGGGCUGCCGGCCAUGCCGCUGGCCUUCAUGCCGAAGAUCAUCAAACUGGUGAGGGUCCAUAAGCAAGCCCGAGAGUUGGAUGAGGUGCACUUGGAAGAGCUUAAAAAUGAGGCAUUUCUAACGUACAAAAAGAUGGAGGGAAAAAUGAAAAUCAUCAACACGAUAACGAAGUACAAUGACUUGUAUAGCUUCAUAAAUGUGCCGACAAAAGAUUACGUAGCUCCUGUCCCUGAUUACGGACGAUAUCCAUGUGUGAUGGACGAUUUUGACGGCAGAAUGAAAUAUAACCAGUGGUUCUCGCUCUACGUUCUCACGGAGAGUGUCUCCUGCAUACAUCUAGUCGUCGACGAAUGCUUGAAGGUGGAAUCAAUGCUGUUCUUCACAAGUAACUAUGGAAGAAACGCUAGUUUAGCGGAGUUUGACGCGGCGCAACAACAUUGCACAUCCAUGAUGCUGAAAUAUCUAAACAUAACGUGGCUCAACAACACGGCGCAUGCUAUACGCAUGUCAUUCAGAGAUGUCGGAAAAGGCUGGUUCAAUAUUUACGAGAAGAAAUGGGAUUUUUAUGGAGUCAGCAAGCUUAGUAGGUUCAUGCAACUUGUGAGGUUUCGCAUGCAGUACGCACUCCGCUACAGCAUCGAGCAAUCAAUGGCGAUGUUCGUGUAUAUGUUGGAGACGCCCUGCCUCUGCACGUACUUCUGCGAGGACGACUGGGAGUGGGACUCCACGGACCUGAUCAACACGCCGUUCCGGUCGCCGACCGUCACGCUGUUCUACUUCUUUCUGAUGCUGAAUGCCGAUGGACCGUAUUAUACUACGCCUCCGCCGCAGUUUGAGAUCGUGAUCCAACGCUUGUUCCGUGAGAUGCUGUACCGCUGUCACUUCAUACCGCAAGUGCAUCCCAGGAUUAUGACCGGACUGGUCUUCGAUAAGGAGCUGUUCCUCACAUCCAUUGGUUUAUUGGAGCCGAAUGUCGUAGACUACAGGGAACGCUUGCUGAAAGCUUAUCGCAAGUCGAUUAUACCACUGAACGCCUACUUGCGCCAAUAUGAAUGCUAUACGGAAUUGUUUAAUUUGGAUAUCGAAGAAUAUGUUGAAAAUUACCGGCAGGAGAAGCAUUCAGCUUCAGAAAUCCGUGAAGAGGUUCAAAGCCAUUACGACGCAAAACAAGAAUUGAUCUGGAGGUUACCGCAAUUCAUCAACAUCGGACCAUUCGCUCUCAAUGUUGAUACAUUGAAGCAAAUAUUAGUUACCAAGAGGUCAGAUAUAAUGAAGGCCUUAUUGGCCAUGUGGGCGGAAGAGAUAAGGUUGGUCGUGGACGACGUAAUUCAGGCCUAUAAGAACAUCAUGAGGAAGCUGGGUGAAAAACCGAAUACCAUUGAACACGUGUUCGAAAUCAGGGAGUGGAUGGAGGGCAUACCGUUCGCUCUGAAGACUCAAGAGGAUAUUAUGAAGAAAGUUCACACGGAUUAUGAAGUGUUAGACGCGUUUUACACGGCAUUGGAAAAUGAAGAUUUCAGAGCCUUAUGGGAAGCUAUCGGCUGGCCUCUAAACAUCACAAAACAGGUGGUAGCCACGACUGACUUUCUGGAAGAGGAACAGGAGAAGUUCUGGAAGCUCCACCAGCAGGACGAGCUGACCCUGCAAGAUAAGAUCGACUUGUUCACUGCCCAGUGUAUGCAGCUCACUUUGCAGAAUGACUUUUCCAGGGUUCAUGAGAUUGCGAACGAUAUCAAGAAGGCUUGGAAGGCAAUGAAGGACUCUCAGGACUGGGGUCGGAUAUUGAACCAGCGACAGAAGCUGUUUGGCGUACCGGUAGUGCCGUACACGGACCUCAACCGAUUAGUCAAAGAAUUCGAACCCUACAGAAAUCUUUGGGUCACUGCUUCAGACUUCCUUAAGGCCAAAGAAGUCUGGUUCGACAAUCCGCUGAUGUACGUCGACGCUGAAUCCAUCGAGCCGCUGAUCAAUGAGUAUUAUAAGACGAUAGUCAAGUGCACUAAGACUUUCGCCGAUAUGCCCAAAGUUCAACACGUGGCCAUUACAAUACGGGAUGACAUUGAUGAAUUUAGACCGCUUGUUCCUGUAUUGCAAGCCGUGAGGAAUCCCGGAAUGAAGGAAAGGCAUUGGAAUGAAUUUAUGGAGAAAGCGGGUAUCACGGUAACGAUGAACGAGAAGCAAACGUUCUCGAUGUGCCUGAGACAGGGCGUGGCCGCGCACGCGGAGCUGAUCGCGGAGAUCGGAGAGCUCGCCAGCAAGGAGUACGUGAUCGAGCAGUCGCUGGAUAAGAUGCAGGCCGAGUGGGCCACUAAAAUCAUUGAACUGUCGCCGUAUAAGAAUACUGGAACACACAUCAUGAAAAUUGCUGAUGAGACGCUUCAGCUGUUGGAUGAACACCAGUUGCAGACACAGCAACUCAGCUUCAGUCCCUUCAAGGCCGCUUUCGAGUUGAGGAUUCAGGAGUGGGGUGAUAAGCUCAGUCAGACGCAGAGAUUCAUUGACGAGUGGAUUGAAUGCCAGAAGGAGUGGAUGUAUUUGGAGCCGAUAUUCACUUCAGAAGACAUAUCUCGCCAAUUGCCAAUGGAAGCGAAAAAAUAUAAUACUAUGGAGAGAAUUUGGAGGCGCAUCAUGGCAGCGGCGCUUGCUUGUAAUAAGAUUAUGAUAAUUUGUCCGGACACGCGAAUGUACGAUAGCGUCGUUGAAGCCCGGCAUCUUCUAGCGGUGGUGUCGCGAGGCCUCAACGAAUACAUGGAGCUGAAACGCGUCCGGUUCCCUCGCUUCUUCUUCCUUAGCGAUGACGAGCUGUUGGAGAUUCUGUCGCAGUCGCGGAAUCCUAAGGCGGUGCAACCGCAUUUGAGGAAGUGCUUCGAGAAUAUUGCCAGGGUCACAUUUGAAUAUGAUCUGAAAAUCACGCAAAUGCACUCGAGUGAAGGCGAAAUUGUGGAUCUCAAGUAUCAAUUCUAUCCAAGUUCUAAUGUUGAGCAGUGGCUGCUGCUCCUUGAGGACACCAUGAGGCAUACCAUCCGGUUAACCCUGAUAGCCGGUAUCGCGGAGCUGUGGACGCUCCCGCGCUCGGAAUGGGUGCUGCGUUGGCCAGGACAGGUGGUGAUAGCUGGCUCGCAAACCGCCUGGACGGCUGGGGUGGAAACUGCCAUCAGCGAAUACAGGAUGGAACAGUUCUAUGAUGAGAAUUUGAACAUGCUGGACAGCCUCCGUGCCCUAGUCAAGGGCGAGCUGACGUACUUCCAACGAGAGGUGCUCUGCGCCCUGAUCGUGAUAGAGGUGCACGCCCGAGACGUGACGCGUAUGCUCGUCGACGAAAACGUCAAGAAUGUUACUGACUUCCAAUGGAUUUGCCAGCUCAGAUAUUAUGAAAUAGUAAAACCACCCUACGUAUUAGAAGAGGGCGAGUCCACGGAGAUCAUUCAGGACGAGAAUCAUCUGAACACGUCACCAUAUUAUCACCAGUUCAGCCAAAACCACGAGGAUGUCCGCGCGCUCAACUCUUCGUUCGUCUACGCUAACGAAUAUCUAGGAAACAGUGGGCGUCUCGUGAUCACGCCGUUGACUGACCGAUGCUACCUGACGUUGAUGUGCGCUAUGCACUUGAAGUUCGGAGGGGCGCCGGCCGGGCCUGCUGGUACAGGAAAAACUGAGACCACUAAGGAUCUGGCUAAAGCAUUGGCUGUUCAAUGCGUGGUGUUCAAUUGUUCAGACCAGCUGGAUUACAUGGCUAUGGGGAAGUUCUUCAAAGGACUGGCGGCAUCUGGAGCUUGGGCUUGUUUUGACGAAUUCAACCGUAUUGACAUCGAAGUGCUAUCUGUUGUAGCGCAGCAGGUAAUAACAAUCCAGAAGGCUCAAAUCGCAAAACAAGAGAAGUUCAUGUUUGAAGGUGUAGAGCUGCCCCUCAAGAUGUCUUGUUCAGUGUUUAUAACUAUGAACCCAGGCUAUGCAGGCCGUACCGAGUUACCAGAUAACCUGAAAGCGUUGUUCCGGCCCAUAUCCAUGAUGGUACCGGAUUACGCGCUGAUUGCGGAGAUCUCCCUCUUUUCGUUCGGAUUCUAUGAAGCCAAGAUCUUGGCGGGGAAAAUCACAACCACGUUUAGAUUGAGUUCUGAACAGCUGUCCGCUCAGGACCACUACGAUUUCGGCAUGCGAGCUGUGAAGACAGUGAUCACUGUGGCCGGUAACCUGAUCCGCCAGAUGCCCAAUGGGGACGAGCGGCAGAUUGUCCUGCGUUCCUUGAGGGACGUCAACGUGCCUAAAUUCCUUGCUGACGACCUGCUUUUGUUUAACGGCAUAAUAUCGGAUUUGUUCCCUCGUGUUGAAAUCCCGGUUGUGGACUACGGUAUCAUGGAACACUCCAUAAGGAGUAUGCUGCUCAAAAGAGGCUACGAUGAUCUGUACACGUUCAUCUUUAAGAUAAUCCAGUUGUACGAGACCACCGUGGUGCGACACGGGCUUAUGUUAGUGGGGCCUGCCGGUGCUGGAAAAACUAAGUGCUAUGAAAUACUCCGGGACGCGUUGACUGCGAUCAAAGGCAAGCUGGCGCCCGAUGGUUUCCCAUUCACCCCUGUACACACGUUCGUUGUUAACCCUAAAUCCAUCACUAUGGGCCAGCUCUAUGGGGAGUUUGAUUUGAACACACAUGAAUGGACCGAUGGGAUCCUCUCGAGCUUGGUGCGAGCGGGCAUAGCGGUGGAGGAUAUGGACAAGCGCUGGUACAUCUUUGACGGUCCCGUUGACGCUGUGUGGAUUGAAAACAUGAAUACCGUAUUAGACGACAAUAAAAAGCUCUGCCUCUCAAGCGGCGAGAUAAUGAAGAUGACAGAGAGGCAACGAAUGAUCUUCGAAGUAGCGGACUUGGCUGUCGCGUCGCCGGCGACGGUGUCUAGGUGUGGCAUGGUGUAUUUGGACACCAGGGUGGUGGGGCUGCCGCCUUUGGUGAACGCUUGGAUGAAGUCCAAUCUUCCCCCUAUUGCCGAAAACAUCCGAAAAAUAUUACCAGGUCUCAUCACCACGUACCUGUAUCCUUGCUUGGACCUUCUCCGCUCGAAGCUCGUCGAGAUAGUAGUAUCUAUUGACUCUUCGCUGGUGCUGAAGUUUCUGGAGCUGUUGGACUAUAGGCUGCGACCGUUGACUGGGAAGGACGACCGGCCGCCGCCGGCCGCGCCGUUCUUGGCCAUGAUGCCAAGACUGGCACCAUGUUGGGUAGUAUGGGCGGUUAUCUGGUCCGUGGGUGCCACGUGUGAUCAUAAUGGCCGCGCCGUGUUCUCGCAGUUCAUGCGACAGCUGACGGAGACGAAUAACCUGAAGCCACUGUUUCCCAAUCAAGGGAGAGUUUAUGAUUAUACAUUGCACGACGGUGGUUUCACCGACUUAACGGAAGAUGGUGAGCCGGCUAAUCCUUACUGGUACAAUUGGAUGGCUAAUAUGGAGCCGUACGAAGUCGACCCCGAAUGGCAGUAUGCUGACAUUGAAGUCCCGACUUUAGACAGUGUACGCAGCGCUGCGAUUUUAGGCUACAAGGUAGCGAACUACAACCACGUUAUUUGUGUCGGGCCGACCGGUACCGGCAAGACUGUCACCAUAACCUCAAAGUUGUCACGGGGACUGCACAAGAAAUUCAUAUGCGAGUUCCUCGUGUUCUCCGCUAGGACCUCUUCUAAUCAGACACAGGACGUAAUCGACAGUAAACUAGACCGGCGUCGCCGCGGUGUCUACGGUCCACCGCCAACCAAGAGACAAGUAUUCUUCAUCGAUGACCUCAACAUGCCCGCACUAGAGGUCUACGGGGCCCAGCCGCCCAUCGAAUUGAUCAGGCAAUUCAUGGACUUUUCAGGCUGGUACGACCGCACCGACAUCGGUGCGUUCAGGACCAUAGUCGACGUGGGGAUCGUCGCAGCCAUGGGUCCUCCCGGCGGCGGCCGCAACCCCGUCACCAUGCGACUGAUGAGGCACUUCCACUACAUCUCUUUUACAGAAAUGGAGUAUGAGAGCAAGUACGGAAUAUUCAAAGUGAUCCUAAGCUCUUGGACGUCGAACAUCGCCAAAGACGUGGUAGUACGCGAAGCGCCCUUCCUCAAGAGCUCGUUGGACGUGUUUAAUUCGCUGGUGGUGGAGCUGCUGCCAACUCCUACGAAGUCGCAUUACACCUUCAAUUUGAGAGAUCUGAGCAAAGUGUUCCAGGGGAUGCUUAUGUUGGAUUCGCGUAAAGUGAAGGGUGAAGACGAAGUGAUAAGAUUGUGGUAUCACGAGCACCAGCGGGUGUAUCAAGAUCGGCUGGUGAAUAACGAGGAUCGCACAUGGUUCACCAAUUUGCUACAAAAGAAGAUUCGUGAGGACUUUAAAAGGAAACCGGCCGAAAUCCUCGGUGGAAGGCUGAUGCUGUUCGGUGAUUUCAUGGACCCUGGCGCGGAUGAUAGGAAGUACGUCGAAAUCAACGACCAGGAAGAGUUGGACGAAAUAUUAUCUAACUACCUAAUGGACUAUAACCUGUCGACCACGGCUCCGCUGGACCUGGUACUGUUCGAUGACGCCGUAGCUCACCUGUGCAGGCUAUCCCGUAUCAUGCGACAACCCAUGGCAAACGCUCUGUGCCUUGGUAUGGGAGGGUCUGGUCGUCAAUCUCUGUCUCGGUUAGCAGCUUUUAUGGGGGAACUUAUGUGUAUCCAGAUUGAGAUUACCAAGGCUUACGGACAGUCGGAGUGGCGUGAAGACUUGAAACAGACCAUGAUCAAGGCUGGGGCCGAUAAUAAAGGCGUCGUGUUUCUGUUCUCAGACGCACAGAUAAAAAUGGAAUCCUUCUUAGAAGACCUAAACAACAUCCUUAGUUCCGGCGACGUCCCCAACAUCUACGAACCCGAGGACUUGGAUAAGAUCUUCAUGUCCGUCCGUCACGCCGUGAUGGAGAUGAACCUUCCUGCCACCAAGACUAAUCUCUUCACUUGCUAUCAGAAGAGAGUUCGGAGCAACCUGCACAUAGUCAUCGUCAUGAGUCCUGUCGGAGAGAUAUUCCGCGCUAGACUCCGCAUGUUCCCGUCCCUAGUCAACUGCUGCACCAUCGACUGGUUCAGCGAGUGGCCCAAGACCGCGCUCGAGUCCGUCGCCAAUCAUUUCUUCCGGAAUAUGCAGGAGCUGGAGACCACAGAGGAGGUGUACGUGGCUAUGGUUUCUGUCUGCUGCUUCACUCAUCAAAGCGUCGUAGAAGCUAGUGCUAAAUUCCUAGCGCAGCUCAAUCGACUCAACUACGUCACUCCCAUGUCCUACAUGGAAAUGUUGGGCUGCUUCGCGGAGAUGUUUAGGAAAAAACAAAAUGAUAUAUUGAAGGAGUCAAAUGCUCUUAAAACGGGUCUGAACAAGCUGAACCAAACAGAGGUGGAAGUAAAGCAGCUUCAGAUAGAGCUGGCAGAAUUGAAACCACUCAUGGAAAUGGCGGCUGAAGAGACCAGAAAAGUCAUUGAGCGGAUUGCUAUAGAUACGGCUAUCGCAGAGGAAGCACGCAUCAAGGUAGAGAAAGAACAAUUAGUUGCCGAGAAGAUGGCAGCAGAAACUACAGCCAUGGCUGAAGAUGCCCAAAAAGACUUGGACGAAGCGUUGCCAGCCCUCCGAGCUGCCGAGAAAGCGCUGCAAGAGUUGAAUCGUAACGACGUAGUGGAGGUGAAAGCCAUGAAGAAGCCUCCCGCUGGUGUCGUACUUGUCAUUGAAUCCUUGUGCAUGGUCUUCGAUAUCAAGCCGGUCAAGGAACCAGGAGCAAAUUUCGGGGAGAAAAUCCUCAACUACUGGAAGCCAGGCUCACAGAUGUUAGCAGACCCCACCGCUUUCCUGGAAUCCCUCAUGAAGUUCGAUAAGGAAUCUAUUACAGAAGACAUGAUCAAAAAGCUGAAGCGCUUCGUCACUAAUCCUGACUAUGAUCCUGCCAAGAUUCUGAAGGUGUCAAAAGCUUGCCAGUCUCUCUGCAUGUGGGUCCACGCCAUGUACAAAUUUUAUCAUGUCAACAAAGGUGUGGCUCCCAAGAAGGCUGCUCUGGAGAAAGCUACCAAGGACCUCGCGGAGGUUGAAGCUAUACUAGCAAACGCAAGAGCAAAAAUGCUAGCGUUGCUCCAGGGCAUUGCUAAGUUGAACGCCUAUUUGGAAGAGAAGGAGGACGAAAAGAGAAAGAUGGAAGAUGAUAUUAACGCAUGCUUAGCCAGAAUGGACAGAGCCAACAGAUUACUGAACGGGUUAUCUAGCGAAAGAGUUCGAUGGAUUAAAACUAUAGCAGAUUUGGAUGUUGCUCUAGUAAAUCUCAUAGGAGACAUUCUUUUGAGUGCUUGCGCUGUUGGAUACGUAACACCUUUUACUGAUGAGUUCCGGAGAGAGCUUCUUGGUCGUUGGAUUCAGCACAUAGUGGAUGUAGAAGUACCUCAUACGCAUGGUGCCACACCGCUGUCUGUUUUGGGCGACGCCGUCGAAAUUAGAACAUGGCAGAUGUACGGAUUACCUCGGGACCCUCUCUCCGUGGAGUCGGCAGUUUUGAUCUCUAACUCUCGACGGUGGCCCCUCAUCAUCGAUCCGCAGACGCAGGCCAACAAGUGGAUCAGAGCAAUGGGAAAAAUUGACGGGAUCGUAGUCGUCAAGCCAAACGACAGAGAUUUAUUACGAAAUUUUGAGUCGGCACUGCGUUUUGGAAAACCGAUUUUAUUGGAGAAUGUUGGGCAAGAACUAGAUCCAGCUUUAGAUCCAGUUUUAAAGCGUCAAUACUUCCGGCAAGCUGGUCAACUUGUACUAAAGCUGGGUGAUUCCCUCAUCCCAUAUAUGCCUGGCUUCCGAUUAUACAUCACGACUAAGCUGCCGAAUCCUCGUUAUACUCCUGAGACUUCUGUCAAAGUGCAGAUAGUCAAUUUUGCGCUGGUACCGAGUGGUCUAGCAGAACAACUUCUAUCUAUCGUAGUGGCUCAAGAACGCCCAGACUUGGAAGAGCUGAGGGGUCAGCUGAUCGUGACGCGAGCUCAAAUGGCCUCUCAGUUGGCUGAGAUGCAGUCGGAUAUUCUGUACGGAUUGUCCAAUAGCGAAGGGUCACCUGUAGAUGAUCUACCCUUGAUUUUGACCCUAGAAGCUAUUAAGAUAAAGAGCGCUGAAAUCUUGAUAAAAGUAGAAGACAUAGAGCGUACGACCAUAGAGAUCGACGACGCUCGGCAAGGUUACGUGCCCGUGGCCAACCGCGGGCAGAUUCUUUUCUUCUGUCUGUCUGGGAUGGCGAAUGUGGACCCCAUGUACCAGUACUCGCUGGAGUGGUUUGUGAAGCUCUUCGUCAGGUCCAUGGCGGAGACGGAACCUAACGAGGAUAUUAUUGAGCGAGUGGAAACCAUCAUAGAGCACUUCACGUUUUUGCUCUACGUCAACGUGUGCAGAAGUUUGUUCGAAAAGCACAAACUUCUGUUUGCUUUCCUGCUCUGUGCCCGAAUAUUAAUGGACAAGGGAGUUAUCCGACAUAUCGAGUUCAACUUUCUGCUGAAUGGGGGUAAAAUUGAGGAAGAACGUGAAAAUCCGGAACCGAAAUGGAUCUCGGAACGCAUGUGGCUGGAUAUGCAGCAGUUGGCUUCUGUGCCCACGAUGAGGGCCUUCGUUGACGACUUCCCCAACCAGUUGAAGCACUUCAAGGGUUACUACGACGCCAUGAACCCGCAUAAGCUUGCGUAUCCUAAACCGUUGGACACUCAGCUUGACUCUUUCCAAAAACUGUUGGUGCUGAAAUGUCUGAGGCCCGAUAAAGUUGUACCCGGGUUACAGGAUUACGUAGUGGUGGGACUGGGAGCGCGUUUCGUGGAGCCUCAGCCGGCAGAUUUGGCGGCGCUGUACGGCGAAUCCGACCCGCUCUCUCCUAUCAUAUUCGUGCUCUCUACUGGCACAGAUCCGGCCGCUGAUUUAUUGAAGUUUGCAGAUAAGAUGAAGAUGGGGAAGCGUUUUGACAGCAUCUCGCUUGGUCAAGGCCAGGGUCCGAUCGCUGAAGCUAUGAUGAGACAAGGUUGUGACUUUGGGAAUUGGGUCUUCUUCCAGAACUGUCACUUGUCUCCAUCAUGGAUGCCGGUGCUCGAGCUGAAUGUGGAACACAUCUCACCUGAGACGGUGCAUAAGGACUUCAGGCUGUGGCUUACGGCCAUGCCUUCUCCGCACUUCCCGGUCGCUUUGUUACAAAAUGGAUACAAAAUGACUGUGGAGCCUCCUCGGGGCAUAAAAGCCAACUUACUCAAGGCUUUCAUGAAUCAGGUCCCAGACUUUGCUGAGUAUAUGAACUCGGGCGACUCCAAAGUGCCCAACUUUAAGUGGCUCCUGUUUUCAUUGUGCCUGUUCCACGGCGUGGUGCUCGAGCGGCGCAAGUUCGGACCUCUCGGGUUCAACAUUCCCUACGAGUUCACCGACGGGGACCUCAAGAUUUGCAUGUCGCAGUUGCAUAUGUUCCUCUCAGAGUACAAUGAAGUGCCGUUGCGGAUGUUGACAUACGUCGCCGGUCACAUCAACUACGGCGGUCGCGUGACCGACGACUGGGACCGGCGCUGCCUGAUGUGCCUCCUCGGAGACUACUACGCCACCGCCGUGCUCAGCGACAGAUACUAUUUCGACGAGAACGGGUUCUACAAGCAGCAACACGCGUCGGCGACCAUCGACGACUAUACGAAGUACAUCCGCUCGCUGCCUCUCAACGACGACCCAUCGUUGUUCGGUCUACACAGCAACGCCAACAUCAGCUACGCCAUGUCGGAGACUGCUGCUAAUCUUAAUACGCUACGCAAUUUGCAACCUAGAGCCGCUUCUGGCGAAGGCGGAUUGUCAGCUGAAGAGAAGACGGAGCUAGCCGCCAAGGAAAUCUUAGGUUCUCUGCCAACGAAACUAGACCUUGGCCAUAUCGCUGCUACGUACCCAGUGUCUUACAAGGAAUCCCUGAACACAGUACUUAUCCAGGAGGCGAUUCGAUACAACCGCUUGUUGGGAGUCAUCACAACUUCCCUAAAUGAUCUCCUGAAGGCCCUCAAGGGUUUGGUGGUGAUGUCUCAGGCCCUCGAGAACAUGUCCAAUAGCCUGGCGAUCAACGUGGUGCCUCUCAUGUGGAGCUCCAAGGCGUACCCCUCGCUCAAACCGUUGGCGGCAUGGGUGAAGGACCUGAUUCUCCGCGUGAAGUUCAUGCAAGACUGGAGCGACCACGGGAUACCGAAGGUGUUCUGGAUAUCUGGCUUCUACUUCCCGCAGGCGUUCCUCACGGGCGCCCUGCAGAACUAUGCCAGGAAACACGUCAUCGCCAUCGACACCGUCGGCUAUAGUUUUGAGGCAUUAGCGACUGCACCCGCGAAGAAAUACGACGACGGUUGCUGCGUCCGCGGGCUGUUCUUAGAGGGCGCUCGUUGGAACAUGGGCGACAUGUCGCUCGAGGAGAGUAGACCCAAGGAGUUGUACACAGAUAUGGCGAUAAUCUACAUGAAACCAGAAGUCGGUCACAAACUAGCGCAGGGCUUAUACUGCUGUCCCACCUACAAGACUUUGGUGCGCGCUGGCACACUGUCCACCACGGGGCAUUCCACAAACUACGUGAUGACGAUCGAGCUGCCGACGCACAAGCCACAAGCGCACUGGAUCAAGCGCGGCGUCGCGCUCUUCUGCGCACUCGACUUUUAA